GCCGGCCCAUUCAUGAAACGCCCCGUUCUUCUCUCUCUCUCUCUCCUCCGACCCCUCCGCCGUCGCCUCCCAGCCUCGCCGCGGCGGCGGCGGCGGCGGCGGCGGCCGGAGAGAGUAUGCCAGCGAGCAAUGUUCGGCCUGCAGGCGGCCGUAGAGCUUGGCAGGGCGAAUGGGGAGUGACGCGGGCCUCACCUCUACGACGACCACGACCAGCCGUCCGCUUCGACGCCGGCAAGCUCGAGCGCCUCAACGACCACUUUCUCCUCCGCAGGAGUAUUUCUUUCUGUAGUUGACAUGUGCUGUUAGAAGUUCCUCGCUAUUGCCGCAGGCAUGGAAAUGGAGCUCUCUUUUCCAUUAGCAUAUUAUUUGCUGUACGACGGUCUUUCUACCUCUGGUUCUACAAGCUGAGAAAUGGUUGGCUGGUGGUGAGCGCUACUGUUCUGUGUGUUGCCAUUUCCCCUAUUCUGCCAGCCCGCCAUGCUCAUUGAAGCCAUUGCCAUGAGGGUUGAUGAAUGCAUGCCUCCCCUCUACAUACUACUCGGGCUUCUCCUCUUGCACACUGCUCCUUGGUGCUCCUCUGCAGCUGCCACUGAAGACACUCUCACGGCAGGCCAAGCGCUCGGCGUUGGUGACAAGCUCGUCUCAAGAAACGGCAAGUUCGCCCUUGGCUUCUUCCAGCCAGCAGCAAGCAGCAUCAGUAAGUCGUCCCGCAAUGCCACCUCCCCCAGCUCCAGCUGGUACCUUGGCAUAUGGUUCAAUAAGAUCCCCGUUUUCACUACCGUGUGGGUUGCUAAUAGAGAGGAGCCCAUCACCCACCCCAAUCUCAACCUGACACAGCUCAAGAUCUCAAGCGAUGACAAUCUUGUCAUCAUAAACCAUGCCGCCAAAACUGAAUCCAUUGUUUGGUCCACUCACAUUGUCAAUAGGAAAACUAGUAGCAUAAACACCACCGCCUCUAUAGCCGUUGUUCUCUUGAACAGUGGUAACCUUGCCCUACUCGCAAAUAGCCAAGACAUGUUGUGGCAGAGCUUUGACUACCCAACAGAUGUUGCGCUUCCUGGUGCCAAGUUAGGCCGGAACAAGGUCCCCGGUUUCAUUCGUCAGUACAUAUCAAAGAAAAGCCUCAUUGAUCUGGGUCUAGGGUCAUACAGCAUUGAACUAGACAGCACCGGGAUCGUCCUCAAGCAUCGCAACCCCUCGGUAGUGUACUGGCAUUGGGCAUCCUCCAGAACAUCAUCGUUGAAUCUUGUGCAAUUAAUCAAGACCACGUUAGAUUUGGAUCCCCGGACAAAAGGUUUGAUUAACCCAGCAUAUGUUGACAACGACCAAGAGGAGUACUACAUGUACACUUCGCCGGAUGAAUCAUCGUCUUCUGUGUUUGUCUCACUAGACAUCUCUGGUCAGAUAAAGGUGAAUGUUUGGUCACAAGCCAGCCAGUCUUGGCAAAGCAUAUAUUCCGAGCCUGCCGAUCCCUGCACUCCGCCUGCUACUUGCGGACCUUUCACGGUCUGCAACGGCAUUGCACAUCCAUCAUGUGACUGUAUGGAGAGCUUCUCCCAGAAGUCACCGCAGGAUUUGGAGUUUGAGGAUCGAACAGGAGGAUGCAUCAGAAACACACCGUUACAUUGCAGCACUAGUGGUAACAACAAAAACAUGACAAAUUCAACAGACAUAUUCCACCCCAUUGCUCAAGUUGCACUGCCCUACAACCCGCAAAUUGUAGAUGUUGCUACUAAAAGUAAAUGUGAAGAAGCAUGUCUUGGUUCCUGCUCCUGCACUGCCUAUUCCUAUAGCAAUAGCAGAUGCUCUGUCUGGCAUGGGGAAUUGUUUAGUGUAAAUCUUAAUGAUGGCAUUGAUAAUAAUUCUGAAGAUGUUCUUUAUCUUCGCCUUGCUGCCAAAGAUUUGCUACCAGGUUCCAGAAAAAACGAAAGAAAACCAAAGGCAGGAGUUGUUACCAUUGUAAGUAUUAUUGGUUUUGGGUUAAUAAUGGUCAUGCUGUUGUUACUGAUUUGGAGGUACAAAUUCAAGUGGUGUGGUUUGCCUAUAUACGACAAUCCAGGUAGUGCUGGUGGAAUCAUAGCCUUCAGAUACACUCACUUGGUUCGUGCUACUAAAAGCUUCUCAGAAAAGCUUGGAGGAGGUGGUUUUGGUUCUGUAUACAAGGGGGUGUUAAGUGACUCAAUGACUACUAUAGCAGUGAAAAGGCUCGAUGGUGCCCGUCAAGGAGAGAAGCAAUUCAGGGCCGAGGUGAGCUCAAUUGGACUGAUCCAACACAUAAACCUAGUCAAAUUGAUUGGUUUCUGCUGCGAAGGUGAUCACAGAUUACUUGUGUAUGAACACAUGUUAAAUGGGUCUCUUGAUAGUCAUCUAUUUAAGAAGAGCAAUGCAAAUGUUGUUGUCCUGAAUUGGAACAUCAGAUGUCAGAUAUCCCUAGGAGUUGCUAGAGGAUUGUGCUACUUGCAUCAGGGUUGUCGUGAGUGCAUCAUACACUGCGAUAUUAAGCCAGAGAACAUACUUCUGGAUGCAUCAUUUGUUCCUAAAGUUGCAGACUUUGGGUUGGCAGCGUUUGUGGGAAGGGAUUUCAGCCGAAUUCUGACUUCAUUCAGAGGAACUGUGGGUUAUCUUGCCCCAGAGUGGCUUACUGGAGUGGCGAUCACACCGAAAGUCGAUGUUUACGGAUUCGGCAUGGUGCUAUUGGAAAUCAUAUCAGGAAGGAGGAAUUCCUCACCUGAAACAUCGUACAACACCAGCAGCAGCAACAGUAACCAGAAUAUUGAAUACUUCCCUGUGCAAGCCAUAAGCAAGCUUCACAGUGGAGAUUUGAAGAGUUUGGUGGAUCCACGGUUACAUGGUGACUUCAACUUGGAAGAGGCUGAAAGGAUUUGCAAAGUUGCAUGUUGGUGCAUCCAAGAUAAUGAGUUGGAUCGGCCGACCAUGGGUGAAGUAGUCCGGGUUCUCGAGGGUCUACAGGAGAUUGAUGUGCCCCCAAUGCCAAGACUGCUUGCAGCUAUAACGGAAUAAUCUGGUGUUGCAACUUCAAUGCAAUAUAAUACUUGUACUGAACAUAGUACUAGUCUUUUAAUUUCAGCAAUUUUCUUAAAAGUUGUAACGUGGAGAGAAAGGAAUAAAGGAAGGCAAGCUUGCAGUUGCUAA